AAAAAGUUAUUUUGUAUAAUACUAUAAAAACAACAACAAUCAUGCCAGGUAGCAAGAGAAAUAUGUUGACUUUGAAACAACGGCUAGAAAUUUUGAAACGCUUAGAGGAAGGUGCAACUGCGAAACAAGUUUCUUCUUUCUAUAACUUACAUGUAGCCACUGUCCGCAAGAUUAAAUACAAUGCUAUACAAUUACGUCGUUAUGCAGAGCAAGCAGGAUCUUCUAAUAAAAUAAGAAUGCGAAGACCAAUGAAUGAAGAAUUAGAAGGUCGGCUGUAUACUUGGUUUUUAGAAAGAAGAACAAUGGGUGAUCAUAUUAGCAAUCGAUUACUUCGUAAAGAAGCAACAAACAUAAACAAAGAAUUAGGGGGUCCAAUAACAUUUAGAGCAAGUGAAGGCUGGUUAUCUAGAUUCAAAAUUCGUUAUAGGAUUAAUAAUACACAUACUCAUGAAGAUACAAAUGAUGAAGCAGCAGCUUCAACAUUUUUAGAUGAUUUAAAAAAUAUUAUAUAUGAGCAAGACAUUGAUCUUGAUAAUCUUUAUAAUAUGGAUGAGACAGGAUUGGCAUGGAAAUCUCUUCCUAAAAAAACAUUGGAUCAUCUUAAUGGAAAAAAAGUUGAUGGUAAAUUAUUGAAAAAAUACCGCUUCACAAUGGGAAUCUGUUCUAAUGCUAGUGGCACUCAUAAACUUCCUUUACUAAUAAUUAAUAAGUAUGCAUCGCCAAGAGCACUGAAAAAUUGCAAAGAUCAUCUACCAGUUGUCUUCAAAUCUCAAACAAAUGCUUGUAUGAAUAAAAAGCUGUUUUUGGAUUGGUAUGAAAAUGAUUUUAAAACAUCGGUUAAGAAACAUCAAUUAGAGAAUGGUACGUGUGGUCCAGUACUUUUAAUUGUGGAUGAUUCUAAAGUUCAUAGUUUACCACCAGAAGUUUUACAGGAUGAAAGGUUUAACGUUAUCUUUUUACCACCAAAUACAUCAUCACUUAUCCAACCUAUGAAUCAGGGCAUAAUUGAAAAUAUAAAAAGUAGUUUUCGACAUAAGAUGUUACAAUUAAUUUUGAGUUGUCCUGGUGGGAUUCAUCAAUUUUUUAUAGAAUACAAUUUAAAAGAAGGUAUCGAACUUCUAAAUCAAACAUGGAUGAGUAUUACGCCUUGUGUUAUUAAAAAUGCAUGGAACAAACUGUUGCAACAAGUUCCUGAAAAUGAUUCACUAUCCAAUGUAAAUAAUAUAGAGCAAUUAAAUAAUUGUAAAUUACAAGAAAGCAUUCAAGCAAUAAUGGGUGGAAAUAUUGCUCUCAGCGAAGUGGAAGAGUGGUUGUCCACAUGUGCAGAAAUGGAAGAUGAAACUGUUGAAGUUAAUGAAGAAAAUAUUAAAGAGGAAGACAGCUCUGAGCUUUCACUUAAAAGUGAUUCAUUCUUGGAUAAGGAAAAUGUGGAGACAAUGUUCGAACAAUUAAUUCUUUGGUCUAAGAACGAACCAAAACAUAUUCGAUUGCAAGUGCAGUAUUUAAAAAAUUUUCAUUAUAAAAAUUAACCAGUAUUCUACUAAUAUAGAAAAGUAAGCUUUUUCCAGGAUUAUCUUUUUAUCAUUGAAAACAGUUUACUGUUUUGUUUGGCAAGAAUAAUUAUGAAUAAUAUUAUUCAUAAGAUGUAUGAAUCAAUCUUUCUAAAUCAAUAAUAUAAAAUAGUGUGAAAAA